AUGGGUAACACGACUAGCGCUGUGCUUGACAACAUUGUCGAGGGGUCCAACUUCGAUAGGGAAGAAGUGGAUCGCUUGCGCAAGAGGUUUAUGAAGCUUGAUAAGGACAACUCGGGAACGAUCGAGCGAGAAGAAUUCCUAAGCCUACCUGCCAUCUCUUCGAACCCGCUAGCAACGAGGAUGAUUGCCAUUUUCGAUGAGGAUGGUGGUGGCGACGUCGACUUCCAGGAGUUUGUUUCGGGCCUCAGCGCCUUCUCUAGCAAGGGAAACAAGGACCAGAAGCUUCAGUUCGCCUUCAAAGUGUACGAUAUCGACCGCGACGGAUACAUCAGCAACGGCGAGCUUUUCAUCGUCCUCAAGAUGAUGGUGGGCAACAACCUCAAGGACCAGCAGCUGCAGCAGAUUGUCGACAAGACGAUAAUGGAGGCGGAUCUAGACAACGAUGGUAAAAUCAGCUUCGAAGAGUUCAAGAAGAUGGUGGAAAAUACCGAUGUCAGCAACAGCAUGACUUUGGACAACUUUUAA